CCAGGGAUAAAAGGAAGUGACGUAUAACGUUGAAACGUUGAGUCACUACUAUAAUAAGCGGGGGAAGCGUUGUUCUCAAUCCUUUCGUUCACCCCUCCUUUGAAAGAGUUGGUACAUUCCCUGCUCUUCUUUAAAGCGCACCGUGCCUCGUCUUGGACUGUUCCAUUUUGUCCAAAAGGGGGGAAAGUGUCAAAAAAGGAAUGGAGCGCCCGGGUUCCCUCAGCAAAGACUGGAGCCGACUGAACCAGGCCUGAGUUAUGCCAGGCAGGGCCUUUGCUUAUGGAAGGCGGCGGGAUCGCUGUGAGGAGGAGAAGGAGGAGCAGGGCGAGGGCACGGGGCCGCUCUCCUCUUUCUCCAGCCCGCAAGAAGUCAGGCUCUGGGGAGGCCUUCGAGAGGCCCAGGCCUGAGUGCGUUGACAGCGAAGAUGACCUCUUUGGAGAUUAUGACAGCUUUGGCAAUGACUCUUUGUUGGCAGAUGAUCUGGAGCAAAAUUGCCUGCAGUCUGCUGACGAUGUUCGGGAUUGCAAUAAACUGGACCAUAAUGCAACUAUGAAGCCAGUUUGUGGAGAUGUUCAGUUGCAGAAUGAUAAGAACGUGGUCAAAACGUUUUCAAUGGCAAACACUGCAAAGAGCGAUGGAAACAGAAAUGAAUGUGAUUUCUUGAGAAUCGUGACAGAACAAGAGGAUCAAAGUUCAAAGCAUCUCAAUGAUAGUUUUGAAAGCCUGCCAUCAUCACAGCUUUUGUUUUUCAAAAAAUCAGAUGAAUGUUUUGUUGGCCCUCACAGAGCAGAAUAUGGGAAAGAAGGGGCCCACUGUAUAAAUGACUGUCUUGACAAGGUUUCAGAUCCCCUUUAUUGCAAUGAUACAGAAAAGAGUAAAGUUACUGAUUCUUCUGCAAGUGCUUUGUUUGAAGCAAGUAGGAGGAAAAGUCUCAAAGAUCGUCUCAAAAGUACAAUGACUGGAAAUGCCAGAACUUCAACUCUGUUAGUAUCUAAAAGUAAACAGCUCAAAGAAGCUGUUGUUUCUGAAGAGAUUGGCAUUAUUGAGAAAACAAAUACAUCUCCCUUCGUUGAUAUUGGCCCUUUUUAUGGUUUACCCACCAAAGUCAAGGAGCUGCUACUUCAGUUCAGAAAAAUUGAGAAACUUUAUGAUUGGCAACAUACUUGUUUGACAUUAGAAUCAUUGCAACAGAGAAAGAAUUUGAUAUACUCCUUGCCAACCAGUGGUGGAAAAACACUUGUCGCUGAAAUAUUAAUCCUUCAAGAACUACUUUGCAAGCAAAUGGAUGUUCUGAUGAUCCUUCCUUAUGUGGCAAUAGUGCAAGAGAAGGUUGGUGGAUUGUCAGGUUUUGGAAUGGAACUUGGCUUUCUCGUUGAAGAAUAUGCAGGAAGCAAAGGAAGGAUUCCACCAAUCAAACGGAGGCAAAAGAAGUCCCUUUAUGUUGCUACCAUUGAAAAGGGACAUAGCCUGGUGAAUUCCUUAAUAGAGACGGGUCGAAUUGGUGAUCUGGGUCUAGUUGUAGUUGAUGAGUUGCACAUGCUUGGAGAAGGAAGUCGUGGGGCUAUUCUGGAAAUGGUGCUUGCCAAGAUUCUCUAUACAAGCAAAACCACUCAGAUAAUUGGAAUGAGUGCAACGUUAAGCAACGUUGAAGAUCUGCAGCAGUUCCUGAAAGCAGACUACUACACAAGUAAUUUCAGGCCAGUGGAAUUGAAAGAAUUCGUUAAAAUAAAAGACAGCAUCUAUGAAGUGGACAGCAAGGCAGAAAAUGGUCUUACAUUUUGUCGUCUCCUGGAAUUCAAGUAUUCCAGUAGUCUCCAGAAGAUGGACCCUGACCACCUCAUUGCAUUGGUGACAGAAGUUAUACCAAAUUACUCCUGCCUUGUCUUCUGUCCCACUAAAAAGAACUGUGAAAAUGUUGCUGAAAUGAUAUGCAAAUACUUGAACAGAGACUACAGACAGCUCAAGGAGAAUGAAAAACAAGAUCUUAUUAAGGAUUUAACAAACAUAUGUAAUGGAAGACUUUGUCCAGUACUGAAACGAACUAUUCCAUUUGGAAUUGCCUACCACCACAGUGGCCUUACCAGCGAUGAAAGAAAACGGAUAGAAGAAGCAUAUUCUUCAGGGAUUCUCUGUCUCCUUACCUGUACAUCAACCCUUGCUGCUGGAGUUAACCUGCCAGCCCGAAGGGUGAUUUUAAGAGCCCCAUAUGUCGCCACAGAGUUCUUGAAGAAGAAUCAAUAUAAGCAGAUGGUUGGCCGAGCUGGUCGUGCUGGCAUUGACAAAGCUGGUGAAAGCAUUCUUAUAGCACAAGAGAAGGACAGGCACCUGGUCCAAAAUUUAAUAUACAGUCCUCUUGAAAGUUGUUAUAGCAAUCUCCUGGUAGAGCUGAACAAGGGCAUCCGAAGCUUACUCUUAUCAUUGGUUGGAUUAAAGAUAGCAAAUAAUGCUGAAGAGGUUUACCAGUUCAUGCGCAUAACCUUAUUUAGUGUCCAACCACAGCUUCUGCCUACAGAAAAGACUCUGCGUGAUGUAACAAUGGAGGUGUUGGAGUGGCUGAAAGAGAAGGCCCUCUUGAAAGAGAAAGCAAGCUGUGAUGGCAUACAAAGUUUUCAGAAUAACCUAGAAAUCACUCCAUUGGGACAAGCAACUUACAAAGGUUCUGUUGAUCUGGCACAUUGCAAUGCACUCUACGGAGACUUGAAGAAAGGGCUAGAAGGGCUUAUUCUUGAAAGCUGCCUGCAUUUACUAUAUUUGACAACACCAUAUGAGAUGACUUCUCAGUGUACCCCAGACUGGAUCGUGUAUUUUAAAGAGUACAGUCAGCUAAGUCCAGUAGAACAGCACGUUGCUGAUCUUGUUGGAGUGCCUGAGAGUUUUAUUAUGAAAAAGGCUUCUGGACAAGGAAUCAAAAAGGAUGUGGACAGAAACACCGUCACUAGACUCUACUUGUCCUUCAUUCUUCUUUCCUUGUUAAAAGAGACCAAUAUAUGGAGGGUGGCAGAAAAAUUUAACCUGUCACGAGGAUUUAUUCAAACUCUUCUCAAUUCAGCUUCUUCGUUCUCCUCCUCAGUUCUGCACUUCUGUGAGGAGCUGAAUGAAUUUUGGGUUUACAAAGCGCUGUUGACAGAACUUACCAAGAAACUGAGCUAUUGUGUUAAGGCAGAGCUCAUCCCUCUGAUGGAGGUGAACGGUGUUUUAGAGGCUCGAGCCAAACAGCUUUACAACUCAGGAUACAAAACUUUAGCCCAGCUGGCUAAUGCAGAUCCACAGGUGAUGGUGAGGACCAUUGAACAUUUGUCCAGAAAUCAGGCCAGACAAAUAGUUUCGUCUGCAAAGAUGCUCCUAACGGAAAAGGCCGAGGCUUUGCAAGAAGAAGUUGAAGAAUUACUGAGAAUACCAACAGAUAUGCCUUAAAGCUUCUUUAAUCACUCUUCAACCUGAACUUCAGAAUCAAAAGAUGAAUUUCUAAUCUUUUCAUUGUGUGUAAUUUGCUGUGUGUGUAUAUAUUGAUAUAGCUGAGCUUAUUUUGCUAUAAUAAACACUGAAAAAAAUUAU